UUAGGUGAUCUUAAUUAUAUUAAGAAUUUGACAUUCCAAAUAUAAGGUUUGUUUCCACACCAUAUUUUCAUAAAAUAGCUAUAAAUUUUAAAUAAUACAAGCAAUCCAUGAUCUGGUGGUUCAUUGUUUCAGAGAUAUUAUCUAAACAGAGAAACAGAACGACCAAGGUCAAAAACAAUGAGAGUAGGAGUGACUUUCCACUUCCUGCCAGUUUGACAGUGGCUGACUAGUCUCUAGCAGUUGAUGAUGGGAUUGGUCUACCUGGUAUCUGGAGGGCUAGGGAAGGACCCUUCUUGAUCUCCAGUGGCCAAAGGAAGAAUUAAUCUAACUUGACUACUAGCAAGAGGGCUAGGGUGCAACUGGUCUACCGAACCUCCAGGUGGCAGCACAGCAGCACUGAAGCAACAAAUAUGCCGAGUCUAAAUCCUAUGGAAGUUAUUGGUUUCUGAUUUUAUGCCCGUUCUGUAAUUUAGCCCUUUGAGGUAACAUGGUUCAACAAGUGCUGCUCUGUGAUGCAUAAUUUUGCUCAGUUAAAAUUACAAAACAUGAGAAUUUUAAUAAUAUAUAUAUCAUUUACAUUUUUUAAGGAUAUUUCUAAAGUAUGAUUGGCAUAUUAGAACAAGGCAUCACAUUGUUCAGUUUUGCCUGUAGGAAAUAAAUACAUAAAUAUAUUCCUGAAAAUCUGCUAAUUCUGCAAGAUGUUGGUGCAGACUUCACCAACCUAGUGGUUUCCAGAUACACAGACUAUAGCUCCUAUCACCCCCGCUACCGAAAUGUUAGAGCUUACUGGCCAGAAGUGAAGAUCUAGUGUAGCACCUGUAGUAGGCACUGAUUGUGAAAAGCUGUUGUAAUUACUCUUAAAAACAAAUAGAAGCUUCAAGCUAUAAAAGCUUGACAAAGCUGGGUUAAUUGUUUCGAAACAACCCAAAAGUACAGACUCCUUUAAAUAGUGUUUGCCCAGCUAUUACUGCAUCUCUUUUGGUGGCCAUUAAUGAGAAGAUUGGUGAUAUCUAUCUCAAAAUGGCUGUCAUAAAAUCUGAAACUGCAAUAAUUGUGAACUUAAUGAAUAUACUGUUUGAAUAGAGGAUAAAUUAGUGUUAGAAUUAACACAGUUGAACCAGUUCCAUGUGAUUAACUAAAUAAAUCAACUACAUCUGUGCUAUGCUAUAAAAUCCCCAUUUCUCAAAUGUGUAUCCCUGUGUAUCUGUUGCCCCUCUUCCUUGAAUUUAGGCAGCUAAGUAUAACUUUUUAAAUUCCAUAUAGACGGUUUUUCAACUGAGUACCAUACUUGAUUUUUGUUAUAAUUUAUCAUUUCUUAUCUCCCUAAAUUUAACAUUGCUGUAUUAACUUUCAGAUUGUAACAAAAUUAGAAUGCCAUAUGUGAGCAUAAUUUAGGGUCUUUUCUAAAAUUAAUCUGUUCUGCUUCAAAUUUACCAGUUUUUUCUCCUUAUAUCCUAUUAAAAUAUUUUAAAAGCCUUGUAAAUUCCAAUUGUAUCUCCCUUUGCUUAUAGUUAUUAAGAUUCCUUUUAUAGGUUAUUAUUUGAGGGGCAUGAGAAAAGUGUUUUAAAUAUUGUAUUUGAUGUUGCACCUUCAACCUACCUGCACAUCUUUUAUGUUCUAUUUGACUGCUUCUUAGUGUGCUUUAUUUCAGGGGAAUACUGUACUACAUAAUCUCUCGUUCAUUUCAGGCAAGGAAAUUUUACCUCAAUUCACUUUUCUCUGCACCAUAUGGUCAUGUAUAAAAAAAAUAUUCUCAAGAUCCAGCAUUAUAAAAAAAUAGGCUGGAUUUAAUAGAUCAACCCUAAACAUUUGUCCUGAUGAUUAAAAUCUAGAAUCAUCUAGAUUAAUAAUAGAUUCUAUUUAAAAAAAGCAUUUGCGUUGCAUGAAGUACCUUCUAACUCUUUCAAAACAUAUCACUUGAAAGAUAAUUUGUUGCUACAAGCUGCUGAAUACAGGUAGUCUCUCAAACAGCCUUAUCUCAGGUAGAGAUUUAUAGAUCAUAAUCAGCACUUGAAUCAUAUCUGGAAGCACACAUACAAAUGGCAACCAGUGCAAUUUGUAAAGCAGGGUGUUACAUAGACUUGCCAAAGGAUGCACUUGCAGUUAUGAUCAUCACAUCACAAACCAUCCCUAUGGUGCUGUGAUUGCAGUUUGGGUGCUUGGCAACUGGUUUGUGUUUACAGCCGGUUACAGAAUUCUGCAGUCACAUGAUCAUGAUUUACAAAACUUUUUGCCAAUUUUCGGCAAAAACGUCCACUUGAGAAGCUGGAUUUACUUAAUAACCAUGUGACUUGUUGAACAACCAUGUGAUUAGCUUAGCAGCCAUGGUGAUUUGCUUAAUAACCACUGUAAAAACAGUCGAACAGAUCUAACUGGACUUAUGAUGUAAUAACUUAAAACAGAAAUUCUGGUCCCAAUUGAGGACUACUUGUAAAUGUAGAAAAUCUAGAAAAUAUUAUCUUCCCAAUCAUUCAUUUAAUAGUCCCCUUGAACCCAGACAAGCUACAAAGCUUGCACUCCAGUGAUAGUUUUCUAAUUUACUUUUCAAUUUUAAGUCCAAUAUCCAUUCCCCUUACCUGGGGAAAAAUUGUUCUUUUUCUUGGACCUCUGAAAUAACUACGUUUUCUUCCCAGGAUCCAAUAGGGACACCAUGGAGAUGUUCUAUCUAUUGAUCACUUCAUCACAUAAGAUCAUUUUAAUGCAUGGAGAAAACAAACAAUCACACACCCUUAGAUGUGUAAUGGUAACUGAUAUUGCAGUGUCUCUGUUUGUUUGUUAAACUCCUUCCUUAUCUUUCUGCAUCAGAGAAUUCCAUAAAUAGAACAAAUCUGCUUCCUGACUAUUUUACAUCCCUCCAUUUCAGCCAAUUAGUUGAUUUUGUCUGAAGCUUUUAACUGGCAGAACUUUGAACCUCCGUAUCUUCAGAUGUCUGCCAAGGGAAGAGUAUCAUGAAUUUUGCAAGAGAAGCAAACUGGCAACAAAGAUGUUGAGACACACUAGCCAUCAAUUUGAAGAAAACCGUUUGACCAGAGAGGAUUGUAGCUACUAGGUCUUCACUUCUUGCUGUGACUAAACAGUUUGGUGAUUGGAAAGCAUAUUUACUCUUGAAGACUUUAUACAGUUGGCAUAUGCAAUGCAUAUCUAAGCCUAAUAUAUCUUACCAGCUUACAGUAAACAAGAUGUCAACUAUUAUUUAUGCAGUGCUACAUGUUAUCUUAAGUAUAUUUAUCCCAUCUGCUAAUCUACUGGUAAUCAUUGUCGUCUGUCGGUUGAAGAAGAGGAGAUCAUGCAGAAACUAUGUCUUCAUCCUCAACUUGGCAGCUGCUGAUCUGCUUGUGGGUGUGAUGUGCAUUGGGGACGCUUUGGAUGAUGCAACCGAUGCACUGUUUGAUACAGAUUUGGUUUUUUGUCUUAUAAGGAUCUGCAUGGGUAUUACUCCUUGUAUUGGCUCUAUUCUCACCUUACUCCUGGUUUCUCUGGACAAAUAUUUGGCAGUGAAACUGCCCCUUCAUUAUCCCUCCCUUAUGAGCAAGAAAUGUGUAAUCCUUUCUCUUGUAGUCCUCUGGGUUCUCUCCUCCUUGGUAGGACACAUGCCACUUAUUUCUUCAGGAUUGCGGCAGAACAAAUUGAAAGGUAACUGUGGGCUCCUGUCUGCUGCCAAAAGUGAUUACCUCUACAUAAUCUGUUUUGGCAUUUUCAUUCCUGCAUUGUUGAUCUUGGUGUGUUUGCAUAUCUCAAUAGGAAGGAUUGCCUAUCUACAGCAUAAGCAGAUCCAACGCUCUUGCUUGCAUGCAAAUAUUCCCUCUGCUCAUCUCUGUUUUUCCAAAGCUCUAAGGACUAUCCUUAUUGUGAUUGUCUCUUUCAUUGUAUUCUGGGGCCCUUAUUAUGGAACUGCCAUUGUGAAAGCUACCUGUAAAUCCUGCAAUCUGAGCCCACUGUUGAGGGAUUUUUUAUUCCUUCUAGGAGAAACCAAUUCACUGAUAAACCCAUUUGUGUAUUCAUUGUACAACAAGGAUAUAAGAACUGAGUUUGCCAGGCUGAUGAAGUGUAAGGGAAAAGGUCAAAUAAAGCCAUUUUUUCAGAUUAUAAAACAGUAUAUUCAAUCUCCAGUGCAGAAAACUAGAGAAGUACAGUUCUGAUCAAGAGAGGCUUUCCUCUCAGCCAUAAUUUGGUUAGUUGAAGAUACCCAAAGAUGGGUUAACUAGUAAGUAAAUAUUGAUCUAGUUUACCUGAUGAAGUAUUUUAAAACUGAGAAUACAGUGAGUCUCCUAUUUGUCUUCAUGUGGAUCUUUUGGAAACUUUACUGGUAAUAGUCAAUAGCAUAAUUGCUCCAGGUGUAUUUUUGAAUAUGGUUUAAAGCAGUGUUUCUCAACCUUGAUAGCUUGAAGAUGGGUGGACUUCAACUCCCAGAAUCCCCCAGCAGCUCUACUGCUACUUAAGAAAUCAUUUAGGACAAGUUUAUUACUUAUAGGCAUAUUUUGGGAUGGGCUUUUUCAUGGCUGUGUCCUUUGCAAUUUUAUGUUUUAAUUCAUUUGGUUUCCUUUUUAUAGUUAGCUUCCUUAGGAUUGCUUUUGGGCAGUUUUUAAGUAAAUAAAUUGUGAUAAAAUAAACUAGGAUGAAAAAUGAAAAACAGAGCCUCUACAAAUUACACUUAGAUAAAAUAUUGAACUUCUCAUACCAGUACAUCCUACUCAAAAACAAACCACAUUGAUUUAAAUGCAGCUUACUUUUAGGGAAGCAUCCAUAGGAAUGUGAAGUAUUUUGAUAUAUAAUUGUGCUUUUAGAGUGCUUUAUUAACAGAGAUCUUGGUAGAGUUAUUUUGAUGAAAGGAAAUGGAAAAUAAGUAACAGCCGUCCCAGCUCCACCUUAUAUGUCCUACCACUUUUGCUGCUAUUUUACCAUAUUACUCAAUUACAUUGUUUUAAUUCAGGAAUUAAAACAAUGGACUGUCUGCUCAUCAGAGGGUAUAAUUUAUUAUACACAUCUGCUUCCAAUAGUCCAUUAACUCGAAAGGGAGAGAUCAGAAGAUAAACAAGAAUUAACAUAGCUUUUUUGUCUAAAAAUUGGUUUGUAACACUAUGCUUUGAUUAGAUGAUGGUAUAGCAAUAGAAAGUGCUUCUAUAAAAUUAUCUCUGAAGUUGAGGAUUCAUCACUACAUAUAUACAUAAAUGGAAUUUACCUAUGCUUAUAGAACUAUUACAAGUCAUGAAAUGGGGGUCAAGUGAUUGUGAGGAAUUUUAU